CAGUACAUCCGGGUCCCUCUUUUGUUUAUCGGUGGAAAGCCUAUGGUGGCAGAGACAAAGUACCUAUUUGAUUACAUUAAGCGCAAUUUUCAAAGUCAUGUUGUCGCGGUCGAUCAGAGCAGAGACCAGAAGUCGUGCGAAGGAAGACAUUAAGCGGGUUAUUAGCGCCAUCGACAAAGUCCGGAAGUGGGAGAAGAAAUGGGUGACUAUCGGAGAUACCACCAUGCGUAUAUUCAAGUGGGUCCCAGUAUCAUCACCAGAGCCAACCCAGCCGUCACUGAUUAAAAAAGGUGUGAAAGGGCAGUCUGCUGGACAGAAAGGAGGGAAAAAUGGCAGUGAUAAGGAUUCGGAACGUAAUUUCCCUCAGGAAGAGAACUCCAAUUCUUCGGCAGUAGAUCAGGAGUCGUGCCAAGGGAAGAGAAGUGAGUCGCAUGCCAAGGAUUCCACCCCAGACUGCUCUGCUGCAGGCAUGCUUAAUGGGAAAAGUGAUUCUGUUAAUGGCCGCAUAGCCUCCAGUGUAUACACAGACGAAAACACACAGCAGUCUGUACCAGACUCCAACUGUAGUGAGGGCUCUGGGACCAUCAACGAAGACUCCAACUUGUCGUUCGCCGACACACAGAACACCAACCCUCCCUUCUCACAAGACGCAGAUAACGACAGCAAUGAGGCAGAUAUGAGACUAGCAAUGAGUAUGGUUCGAGAUGAGAAAAAAGAAGAGAGUAAUUUAAAGAAAGACAGUGGCGAUUCCAAUUCUUCUGCUGCCCCAACAGACCACGAAUCUGAUGAUCCACCGACUAAAAAAAACAAGUCUUCAUCGGAGUCCAGUUGAUGAUACAGAGACAAAUUAGCAAUGAAUGUGUUCAUUUACCAUUAUGACAUGAGAUAGCUAACAAUGCCAUAAAUGUAACCCCAUCGUCCAGGACAAGACAGUUUGUGCAGUACCAACACACCUGUGAGCUUGUUGAUAUCUAGUGUGGUCCUACAGCACUUUCUGUUAAACGGUUUGUCGUGAAAUAUUUGCCGAGACAUAAUUGUUUUCGCUGUGGUGAGGUAAAUUGAUCAGGAUAUAGAAUUACAUUUUACUACUCAGCUUGAUAUACAUCAUUGUAUUUCAACUGUAAAGGACGAAAUCAACACUUGAGUGUAUAAGUAUUUCAUGAGUAAAAGUCAAAUACUUUUAAGUUAUUUCAACUUUAAACGGCUAAAAUUUAUGAGUUACAGUCAAAUACUGGGCAAGUUUCCAGAUACACUGGAAACUGUUUCUGUAUUAUAAAUUAACAAUAUACAAUUGUUUCACGGCUAUUUGGGGAACAGUCAAAACUAUCAUCCCGAAGUAGGGGGAAGCCCUGGGGAACUGUUUGCCCGAGGCCAUUGCUUCAACACUGAGUCGCGGUCACCGAAAUGCUUGAAGGGGGCUCUGGAGGGGGGAUUUCUGCGCAUCGAAUUCGCGCCAGGUAACAGUUCGCUCUGACCGGGAAAACAGUUUUGACUGUUUCAC